UUUCCUUUGUUUAUACAUGGAAAAUCCCAAGUCAACCUCACCUCAUCAUUUGGUCUUGCUUCUUUACGAGCACCACCUCAUUUCCCACUUUCUUCACUUUAAUUAACUCUCUCAUAUCAUAUCCCUUCUAUAUAAUUACUGCAUUCCUAUCAUCCAAUUCUCCACCAUGGGAAGCAUGAAGGUGCAUCAGUUCGCACGUGGAUUCUGGGAGCACGAACCAUCCCUCACGCUUGGCUGCAAGCGCUUACGCCCUCUUGCUCCCAAGCUGGCCAACACAGACACUUCUGGUGUCACUGCUUUCGACCUCAAGAGCUUCAUCAGACCUGAAAGUGGACCCAGAAAACUCGGUUCCUCUGAAGACAAAGACAAGAGAGAUCCACCUCAGGUGGAAACACACCCAGGAGGGACACGAUGGAAUCCAACACAAGAACAAAUAGGGAUAUUGGAGAUGCUGUAUAGGGGAGGAAUGCGAACUCCUAAUGCACAGCAGAUAGAACAAAUCACUGCACAGCUUGGGAAGUACGGCAAAAUCGAAGGGAAGAAUGUGUUUUAUUGGUUCCAAAAUCACAAAGCGCGCGAGAGGCAGAAGCAGAAGCGCAACAGUCUUGGUCUUAGUCAUUGUCCAAGAACCCCGACUGCCAUUACCACCAUUACUUUGGACUCCAGGGGGGAAUUGGAAAGAGAGGAAGAUAGUCCAUACAAAAGAAAGUGCAGGAGCUGGGGAUUUGAAACCUUAGAAGAAGAAGAAGAAGAAAGAAGAUCAUGUAAAGAGGAGGGAGAUAGAACUCUAGAGCUGUUCCCAUUACAUCCGGAAAGCAGAUGAAGGGGUUUGAAAUUUUUUUUCUUUUUUUCUUUUUUUUUUUCUUUAAGCUUUUGUUCCAUUGUAAUCUGCUUUGAUGUGCUUUGCUUUCUUUUUCUUCUUUCUUUGUUUCGGGAAAGAAGAAAGACAAAGUUGUCCCAUUGUACCCUACUGCUUAUUUUAUUCCUGACUUGUAACCAAAGCGCCUUAUGUCACUCUUUAUUCGAUGAGUACUCUGCCCUUGUAGUUGUGGGUGUGACUGUGAUGAGCCUUUCCUUUUGACUACAGGAACUUGUUGAAUUGAAGCUUUUAGGUUAAAAGGAGCAACCGAUGGACACUGAAGUCCACACACCUACUUCUUAAGCCUAUCGCUUCAGUUCCAAGUUUGAAAGAGA